AAACUCUAGCCCUGAACGAAGGGGCAGGCUGCAAGGAACACUGAGCUACCUGCCUGCAGAGCCACCUCGUCAUCCAUUCGGAGGUCUUCUCUGUAACCACAGCCAGAAAAGCCAUGGCCAGCUCCCAGGUGCCUUUCUCCUUUCCUCUGGCCCACUUCCUCAUCUUUGUCUUCGUGACUUCCACCAUCGUCCACCUCCAGCACAGAAUUGUGAAGAUUCAAUUCCCACCAGAGAAGCCCACAGAAGAGUCAGCAGCCACAGCGAUGCCAGGGAGCAGCCAGCUGCAGGGCAUGUUCACCAUCAAUUCCAUUGGCCGCCUGGGGAACCAGAUGGGCGAGUAUGCCACCCUGUUUGCACUGGCCAGGAUGAACGGAAAGCCCGCAUUCAUCCCUGAAUCCAUGCACAACACCCUGGCGCCCAUCUUUAGGAUCAGCCUCCCAGUGCUGCACAGCGACACCAACAGGAAGAUCAAAUGGCAGAACUACCACCUGAACGACUGGAUGGAGGAGAGGUACCGGCACAUCCCGGGACGCUAUGUGCGCCUCACAGGGUACCCGUGCUCCUGGACCUUCUACCACCACCUGCGCCCCGAGAUCCUGCAGGAGUUCACGCUGCACGAUCAUGUGCGUGAGGAGGCCCAGGCCUUCCUGCGUGGCCUGCGGGUGAAUGGGGACAAGCCGAGUACGUUUGUGGGUGUCCAUGUGCGCCGGGGGGACUAUGUGCAUGUCAUGCCCAACAUUUGGAAAGGCGUGGUGGCUGACCGGGGUUACUUGGAACAGGCCCUGGACAGGUUCCGGGCACGCUAUCCGUCUCCCGUCUUUGUAGUCACCAGCAAUGGCAUGACCUGGUGCAAGCAGAACAUUGAUGCCUCCCGAGGGGAUGUGGUGUUCGCUGGCAAUGGUAUUGAGGGUUCGCCAGCCAAAGACUUCGCACUCCUCACUCAGUGCAACCACACCGUCAUGACUAUUGGGACCUUCGGGAUUUGGGCUGCCUACCUGGCAGGUGGUGACACCAUCUACCUAGCAAACUAUACCCUUCCAGAUUCUCCCUUCCUCAAAAUUUUUAAGCCAGAGGCUGCCUUCCUACCUGAGUGGGUCGGCAUCCCGGCAGACCUGUCCCCACUUCUUAAGCACUAACACAAGCCUGUCCUUGCUCCCCCUUCCAUCUCUAGGCAGGAGAAGCUCCGUGUUAAGCUCACAGGAAGAGCCUUCUUUCUGGAAGAAGCAUGUCUUGGACUGCAAACAGAACAACUAACGUGUUCGGCAAACAUAUGCUCAUGUUUGACACCACCGGCUCCAGCAUCCAUUGACUAAACUGCUCAGACCCAUCGGCAGGGACCACAGUGCCCCCAAGCGCCAGCAGUGCCCACUAGCCGCUAGCAGUGCCAUUACCGUGUUUUAGCGGAGCUGUCUCAGGAUGCAGAAGGGCUGGCACAGACAGACGGCCAUUUUGGGAGGCAGCAAGAGAAGGCCAUUCCCUCACCUUGGGUUCCUUCUGAAGUGAGACAAACCCACACUUGUCCACCUUUUGUUACUAAUAAUGAAGUACCUGAAGCUGGAUUAUUUAUGAAGGUCCAGUGAGCACCUCAUGGUAACGGCAGACAGUCAACCGUCACAUGGGAAGCAUGAGCAAGGAGGAGGAGUGGGCUUGUUCUUCUCAUAGCAGCCCAAGAACUAACUGGAGUCUACUGCUCACCCCUUGAAGGGAGAGCCUUCAAUGUCCUAAGGCCUUCUCGAGACUGUUCAAAUUGUGUUUUUAUCUCAAUUAUGGGUAUAUGUGUGGGUGUGUGCACGUGAGUGCAGUACCUUCAGAGGCUAGAACUGGGUGUCAGAUCCCCUGGGGUUGGAGCUACAGGCAGCUAGACCAGAUGCUGAGAACUUCUCUCUGAACCUCUCGCCACACCCCUUAACUCUACCUCACAAAGGUCCCAGCAUCACCACUGUGAGGAGCAAAGUCAAGUUCAAUGGAAGCCCCUCUGUAAGCACCCCAGCAGCUAACUGCCUUGUCUCCUUGACAAGAAUGGCGUCACUAUGUGCCUUGUGUCUCAUUAUGAGUCAAGGAGAAAGAGAAUACGGGACUGGUUUAGCCUGGGAUCCAAAGUAGCAGCUAUUCACUGCCAAAGUCACGAUCAGAAAGGAGAGGCCACCGUGAGCCCACAGCCACCACGUUGCUUGUCCAUCUGAGAACUCUGUGGGUGGGACUCGGCUGAGGCCCACGUCCACCUCUGCGGCCCUGGCUUCCGGGAGACCAGUGUGUGCUACCAUCUUGUCACACUUCAGGGGUGUGCAUGACCAUGAUAUCCGUCUGACAAUUAAAGAGUACAACCUAUGUAGCUACCAUUGUGAAAACAGUCAGAGUGAUCUGAGGGAAGAGCCCUUGAAGACGUUGGGGACAGCAGGAACCCCAAGGUGUCUCUCCAGACCCCACCCUGCUAAAUUGGUGCUGACAUUGUGCCUGGGAAGUGGCCUGGAGUUCACAGUGCUGGUGCCUUUCCUUCAUUCUGGCACCAGGAGGAUCUGAGGUUUGGAGGCCAGCCUGGUCUGUUUUCUGAGGCCUGUCUCCAAAAAGAAAAUCCUCUAUCUGGGCAUGGCAGUGUAUACCUGUGACCCCAGCGUUAAGGAAGUGAGUGCAGGAAGGUCAGGAGUUCAGAGCAUCAGCUGCAGGGGGGUCCAGGCCAGUCUAAGCUGCAUGAUACCUUCUCGGAGACAGUGAGAACCCAGCUGGGCAGUGGUAGCACACACUUUUAAUCGCAGCACUCAGAAAGAGGCGGGUGGAUCUCUGAGUUUGAGGCCAGCCUGGGCUACACAGAGAAACCCUAGCUCCAAAAAGCAAAACAAAAAAAGAAAAAACUGCAAAAUCCAAAAGCAACAAAAAUGUGACUCUACACAAUCACAUGGGGUUUGUUGGUUGGUUGGGUUGGUUUUGUUUUUGUCUUUUGAGACAGGGUCUCUGUAUAGCCCUGGCUGUCCUGGAACUCACAAUGUAGACCGGGCAGGACUUGAGGUCUGCCUGCCUCUCCCUCCACUGUGACAGGCAGAGGCAGGCUAUCAUCUCCAGCUCAUUUCACAUUCCUGAAAGUGAUGGCAUGGGCUUGAGCCAUUUCUCCAGCCAGAUGGGCGGGACACGGGUGGAGCAGUCUUUCAUCCCAGGGAUCAGAAGCAGGCACAUGGAUCUCUGUGAGUCCAGGCCAGCCAGGGCUAGGUGGAGACCCUGUCUCAAAAUCAAAAGAAACAGAAUGGACUACCACAGAGGUAGCGGAAUUUAGCAUAUGGAAGCGGUCAGCUUGGUCCUAUCCAUGGGUGGAUCACUGGGGUGUGGAUUCUACCUCCAAACACCUCUAGGCAGGCCAGCGGUUCUCUGUCUGCUGGUUGUUGACAGUCACAUGGUUGUGUGACCAGAACCACAUUUAAGAUAAAAGGUUAUGUGUGGUACAUCUAAUUUGAGUGCUCUGGAAGCUGAAGCCUCACAAGGUUCGGUUUGAGCACAGCCUGGGCUACACUGGGAGAUGCUGUCUCCUGGGAAGGAGGGGGUGGAGGAGGAGAAGGAAAUGAAAGGAAAUGGAAGAAAACAAGAUACCCUGCCCUCUAGGAAGAUCAGGGACAGGGAGGCCCGGGGAGGGACUGAAGUAGGUGACACUAGGUCACAGUGGUGAGGAGUGGUGAUCUCAGCCAGGACCCACACCAAUCCUGCCCUAGACUUCCAAAUCUCCACCUUCCAGAGAAUUCUGUAGCCACCCAACCCUACCUUGCUUGGGGCUGUGCAGGGCUGCGCCAUGCUCUCCGCCCAAGGCUGACUGACUGAGGAGAGAUGGUGACAGUGGGCAGGAGACAGGAGGGAGGCUUGGCUGGAAAUUGAUGUCCCGGAGCCCAAGGCGCCAGGGACAAGGGAAUGGGUUACCCAGCAGAUAGAGGGUUGUGGCUGGGGAAAGGUGGGGAGAAGGGGUGUUUCCUUUGUCAGAGGGUGAAUUGGAGACAGCAGAGGACAUGGUACAGAAAAGGACCUGAGUAGCCAGUCGGGGAAAGACUGGCAUGGAAAUGAGUGCAUCAGAUGCUGUCUCACAAAGCAAGAGCAAGGAAGGGGUCUGGAGAUGGCUCGCUGCCCGUGCGGCAAGGGGUCUGGAGAGACCUGGAGAGACGGCUCGCCGCCCUUGCAGCUGCUGUUACAGGUCCUGGCACCCAUGGCAGGUGGCCCACAACUCCAGCUUCUGGGGAGUGACAGGUUCCUCGGGCUUCCAAGAAUCUGAGCAUGUUAUAGUGUGCAUAUACACAAUAAAAAUGCAAAAAUACAAGGAACAAGAAGGAAAGUA